AAGGGAGCAAGGGCUGUCAUGGACUAAUGUGGACUUUCAGUCAACUAGACAGGUCAGUCUGAAGGUGAGAGCGAGAAUUAGCGGUGAACUUGGGACUGAUGUUGGCGGUUUAGUCAGCUUGUUACAAGUCUUAGACAGAGGUAAUGGAGGCGACCGAAGCUCUCGAUCCGUCGAUGAAAGCUUCGACGCAUUCGCAGCAUGUGGCCUUGGGAAGGCUUCGGGCUUUAAAGUGCAAAACCAAAAGACUAUCAAGCAUUUUGAUGAGUGCAGAUGUGGUUGUGCCAGACUGGGCUAGGAGGUCGCCUUGGGACGGGGUUUAUACGACAAAGGCAGUGGCAAUGGCUAGAAGUUCGGAUAGUGCUCGCGAUAUUGGAGGGGAAGCAGGAUCUGGCUCAAGUUCCGAUGCACAAGAUGAGGAUGGGUUUCGAGAUGAAGGUGCUCUGACGUCGGCUGAUGCCGGCGUCCGCUCCAGCAGCAUAGAAAAGUCUGACGGAAGACUUAGGAGGAAGAAGGCGUGCGGACGAAAGAAGAUCAGAAUGUCCAAUUCCAGAUUUCGUCGAGAUGAUUGUCUGCUAGAGUUGACCAAAGGUCAUUACAAGGGUCCAUAUAACGGAGAUGACGACAAAAACGCAUCAUCCUCUGGGACGAAACCAAAGCCGAGAAGAAGUGUUAAUCUAGCUAGGGUUCUCACACUGGACAAGCCUGCCAAUGAGAGCGAGGAUGAUUUCGAAUAUCUGAGCACAGUGAUAAAAGAGACUUCCUGCACUAAGAUGCAGCUUCUAAGUAGAACAAUUGAUUCACAUGAGGAGAGUAGUCCUGAGUUAUCUCCGCAAUGCACACUUGGAAUGCAGGAAGAUUCAGGAUCAACGGGAAGGGUGGAGGCCGCUGCCUUCCAAAAUGAUGAGAAUGAAGUGUCUAGAGGGAAAGGGAAGAAAGAUUCAAGUGAAGUUCAAGACAAGGAAGGCAGGGUAGUUGUAAGUGGGCACGUCGGCUCUUUUGACUUGAAUGCAACUCCUUCAAGUUCAGAUGUGGAGAAGGAAGAGGAUGGAAAACAAAUCUUCGAUUUUGAUCUGACUGUAAAAGAUCCAUCUAGCAAUAUCCAUGACAUCGAGGAGAAGAAGUAUCGUGGACAUGAGAAGCUUCUGAGUUGUGAUGACAUCGAGGGGAAGAAUGAAACAUGUGCUAGACAACGUGGAGUCGAUUGCAAAGGUGGUGAGGCUGUGAUCGGAAGCAAUGAAAGACAUUGCACGAUGAGGUACUUCAAAAGGAGGAAAAAUUUCAAGAAGAAUGGUGGUGAUAAUACCAAACCUCUCGUUGCCAUGGACAAUGAAUACGUGAAGAAGACAUCACCGUCAGCAACUGGCAUGCUAGGUACCGAUGAAGUUGAACGAACAAUGAAGUAUUUCAGGAGGAAAAAUUUCAAGAAGAAGUCGUGUGAAAAUUACAAACCUCACCUCGCUAUCGAGGAUGAAGAGGCGAAGAAGACAUCAACUUCAGUGAAUGAAAAGGUCCAGAUAGGAUAUUCCGAGACACUGAAUUCAGAUAGCUCAGAUUACUUACCCAUUUCGUACAUGAGAAGAAAGGGGAAAAAGGUGUUGGAGAGGACAGAUCAAGACAGUACUGAUACUUGGGAGCCAGAUUUACAGCAGUUUUCGAAUGCUACGGAUAAAUUCCUUCCAAACAGUUCGGCGAGGAACCAAACCGCGCUAGGAUGGACUGAAAAUAUGGGGUCGGGAACAUCCGGUGAGAUUUUCCUUUGUCCUCGAAGUAAAAGACAAUCGUGGAUUUUUUUGUAUGGGCAUAAUAUCAGAAACGUAGACUUGAACUUAAUUUUUUAGGCAUAUACACACCGGAGAAAUGCAAAGAUCGUACCAGUGUCCUCAAUCCAAACUCAAUCUACAUUCUACUUGUCAAAAUAUAUCAGUAAGACUGAGUUACUUUUGUUCUUUACAGCCCCAUUUUCCUUAAAACUUCGAAUGUUAACGAUUACUUGGAAACUUAAAGAAAAGUAAGAGCUUAUGGUGACAUUGGAACAACUGCACCACCACUCGACUGUCGAUAUUUCUCCGUGCCAUGGCAAAGGGGGCUACUGUAACUUUUUAUGUUGAGCUUAAACGCAACCCUUUAUUAGUACAGACCAUAUUGUAACAUUUUUUGUGGAUAUUCUAAGUUCCUUAACAGCCGAAUCAACAUCCGACUUAUCCACAUCAAGAAUGGAACGGUAGAUUCAGGAGAUAUUGUUGUUUCAAUAUUGAAACUAAGAGGAAUUUUGUGGAUUUUCAGUUUUGCAGGAUGGAUCAUACUCUGGACAACUCAUCUUUCCAAGCCCUCUUGGGACUGAUGAUACUAAUCUUCCCGCUCAUUCGAUUGGCACGAAAGUCUGUGAGAAUCCACCAUCUAUUGAUAGUUCUCCGCCAGUUACAAGAUCGGGGAAAUCCUCUCUUCAUAAAGUGAAAGCUGGUGUUUUAAAGAGGGAGAAGAAAUCGCGACAUCUGCAAGUGUUACAGAACUUACCAAAAAUCCGUAUUAUCGUGUCAUCUAAAGAAAUACACGAAGAUUGGAUGAAAAUCAUGGGUCACAAGUAUGAAGGCCCCAGGCAGACAACGAAUGUGCCAAAGGGUACAGAACUAUGUAAGGCUUUGCUUCGACCCCAAACAUUAAAAUAUCUGGACGAGAUCGAUUUCAACAAUUAGCAUCACCGGUUAGUGAUGCUAGAGUUCAUCCACAGAGCUGUAAUCAUAUGGAGCUUGUGCAUGGAUCACAUUCGAGUAGUAUAUGUAGUUUGAUAUUGAUUUGGUUAUUUCCACAAAAGAACAGAUUAUCGUUACAUUUUAGACAAUCAUUAUGAUAUUUUUUCUCGAUCUUAAAGAUUUGAAAUUUUUUAAACGGUUCCAAUCCUUAAGCCUC